AUGGCCAGAAUGGAGAAGUCCCCACUACUCGCAAAUGGGUAUAAUGCACCCCCCACUCACCUUGGUCCUAUGGGCUUUAUGCACCAACAUGCUCUGAUGUCACCGGGUAUGCCCCACCAUGGUGUACCGCGGCCUGACGGCUCCAUCAUCAAGGGACAACCAAUGCACAACAUGGAAGCACUGGCUAGAUCGGGCAUAUGGGAAAAUUGUAGAGCCGCAUACGAAGAUAUCGUCAAACAUCUCGAGAGGUAA